AUGGACAAUAGUCUGCAGCACAGAGGAUCUAAAGUCCUACCAGCCAGAGCCAACAUGAUCAGCAACCCCAAGCCCCUGGCCUUCUCCAUCGAGAGGAUAAUGUCAAGGACUCCAGAGCCCAAAUGUCUCCCAGUGCCAGGAUUACUGCAGGGGAAGGGGGAGCAGAAGCAAGCCCUUCACCUCAGCUCCUCGUCCAUCCCCUGCAUGAUCCCAUUUGUACCGGUGACUUAUGAACAUUGCCCUAAACUAGGGAUGACUGAGCUGAGGAAGAGCCACCAGGAGACCACGCCAGCCUUCAGCUGCAAUGAGCUGCUAAACUGCACUGUGGCUUUAAAAGGAGACUUUCCCCCUCUGCACCAGUACAAACUGGUCCGACCACGAGUGGUCAACCACUCUUCCUUCCAUGCCAUGGGAGCAGCUCUGUGCUACUUCAACAGAGGCGAUGCCCCCUGCCACCCAGCUGCCAGCAUCAACAUCCACCCGGUGGCCUCCUAUUUCCUGGGCUCCCCCCUGCACCAGCCUCAGAAGUCCUACCUGGCAGAGAGGAACAAACUAGCGGUGCCCGCCGUGGAGAAGUAUGCUUCAGGGGUCACCUUCAAAGACCUGUCCCAGGCGCACUUCCAGCACUACAUGAAGGAGAGCGGCCAGGCCCUGGCCGACAAGAUCGCUUACAAAUCGUCGGGCAAGUUCGGCAGCGUUUCUCCCAAGCCCAAGGUGUUCACCUGCGAGGUCUGCGGCAAGGUCUUCAACGCACACUACAAUUUAACCCGACACAUGCCGGUGCACACUGGGGCCAGACCGUUCGUCUGCAAGAUUUGUGGCAAAGGAUUCCGCCAAGCCAGUACCCUGUGCCGACAUAAGAUCAUCCACACACAGGAAAAGCCGCAUAAAUGUAACCAGUGCGGGAAGGCGUUUAACAGGAGCUCCACGCUGAACACGCACACCCGCAUCCACGCGGGGUACAAGCCUUUUGUGUGCGAAUUCUGCGGGAAGGGCUUUCAUCAGAAAGGGAACUACAAGAACCACAAGCUCACCCACAGCGGGGAGAAGCAGUUCAAGUGCACCAUCUGUAACAAGGCUUUCCACCAGGUCUACAACCUGACCUUCCACAUGCACACCCACAACGACAAGAAGCCCUUCACCUGCCUUACCUGCGGCAAGGGCUUCUGCAGGAACUUCGACCUGAAGAAACACGUGCGCAAGCUGCACGACUCCAGCGCUGGAGGGCCACCAGGAGGGCACGAGGACCUGCUGCCACCACCCAGGGACCAGCCUCCCAGAAACCACAGCCCAGACCUCCAGAAGGCCAUGUACUGA